ACGACAGCGGGACCACAGCUGAGCACAUCAAUACUCAGCUCAGCUCUGAAGCUCAGCCCAGGAAGCUGCUCUGCCAAAGUUCAGGUUUCAUAGGGCAGGCAUAUAUGCUAGAGAAGAGGAAAUAUACAUUUGAAAACAAUCAGGUUCAGCCUGAAGAAAACACUGGUUUUCAAGUCAACUACAAAUUAAGCCGGAAAAUUCAGCAUGACAGAAGUACUGCCUGAAGUAACAACCGAAUACAGUUACGAUGAAACUGCUCUCAUCUGCAAUGAAACUGACAUCCAAGCAUUUGGAAAAAUAUUUCUGCCAUUGUUUUAUAUCGCCGUGUUUGCUCUUGGCCUUGCAGGGAAUGUAAUGGUGGUUUUGGCCAUCGUGAAAGAAGGCAGUAAAAAGAGCAUUACUGACAUUUAUCUCCUGAACUUGGCUGUCUCGGACCUUCUUUUUGUGAUCUCUCUCCCUUUCUGGGCAUCCAACACGGUGAGGGGAUGGACCCUGGGCACCAUCCCCUGCAAAGUUGUGUCCUCACUGUAUUACAUCGGAUUCUUUGGGGGCAUGUUUUUUAUCACUGUGAUCAGUAUCGACAGAUACUUGGCCAUUGUCCGGGCAACGUAUUCCCUGAAAUCCAGAACGAUGAAGCACAGCUUUCUGAUAACCUGUGGGGUAUGGGCAACAGCACUUCUGGUUUCGGUGCCACAUUUUGUGUUCUCCCAGAUGUUAGAAAAUGACUGCAUCCCGGUGUUACCCCAGGUGCUGAUGAACAUCUGGCCAGUGUUCUGCAAUGUGGAACUGAACACCGUUGGUUUUUUCAUCCCAGUCUGCAUCAUAUGCUAUUGCUACUGCGGGAUCAUCAAAACCCUGCUGUACUGCAAAAACCAGAAAAAAGCACGAGCCAUAAAACUGACCUUGGUUGUGGUGAUUGUGUUUUUUCUGUUUUGGACGCCAUACAAUGUACUGAUUUUUCUCGAGACUUUAAGGCACUACGAGUUGUUUUUAAGUUGUAAUCAAAUUAAAUCACUGGACUAUGCAAUGCACCUGACCGAAACCAUCGCGUUCAGCCACUGCUGCCUUAAUCCUCUUAUCUAUGCCUUUGCUGGGGAAAAAUUCAGGAAGUAUCUUCACCGUGUCUGCUUCAAGUACUGCCCAUGCCUGUGCUUCUGUGGACCCUGCAAUCAUUAUGAAGUCCGCCCUUCAGCUAGCUAUGCAGAAAGCAUGGUGAACAGCAACAUUACCCUCAACACCAGUGACCAGGAUGGAACUGUCUUCCUCUGAAGCAAAAAUGCCUCCUUGGAAAAGGAAAUCUGUGUAGAUAUACCUUCUGCAGGUCUAGUACUGCCAAGAGGCUGAUGUUACCCACUGGGAAGGACCUAUGACAGCACUGAAUUAUUGACGUGCUUCUUGUUAAGCAUUAAAUAUUCUAAAGUAGUGAAUAUUUUAAAAACAAAAGCAGUACAAUAUGUCAAGGCUGAACACUGAAGUGAAUCAAGAGAGAGGUAAAGUAGAAGCAAAGGUAGCAUCCUCUGCCCAGAACAGCAAUGGAGAAAAAUUUAGGAUAGGGACACUGUUACACAGUUUUGUCAUUUUCAAUUCUGUGUCUGUAUGUGUAUGUGGUAUAAAUGUACAUAGACCUUAACUCCUGUUUAAGAAAAUAAUCCCUUUAAUUAGUAGUAGCUGACUAUUUUUGUUGCUAUAUAUUGAACUAUAUCCAUGUGGAAGAAAUUUUGGGGAGUUAUUGAUUGCAAAAACUGUUUUACCUGUGCUUUCAUAACUAAUAAAACCCUAAAAAACAGA